CAUUGAUCACAGAAAAAGAGGAUUUCCCAGAAGUCAGUGAUCUGUAAAAGGGGCGGAAGCUGUUCACUCUAUGAUGGGGGCCACAGGGGCGUAAAGGUUAAGGAACCUGUCUGCACUGUCCCAAAGGCAAACAAAUUUUCCAGCCUUGAGUAAAGUCCAAUGGGGAUCACACAGCGGCAGCAACCUAGCUUGUCAAAAAAGAUCCCAGAUUUGGUGUAUCAACCUCAGGCAGUGGCCGUGAUAUCAUGGAUCUUCUACACAGCUGGGGGGUCGAGUUGGCGGUUCACCUGCAGACCAAAUACGACAAAUACGAAGGCUUGUUCAGCCGGGCGUCCACAGUGGCCGAUCUGCACACUGCCUUCUUCUGGUUCUUCCCAAUUUGGUUCCACCUGCGCAGAGACACGGGGCUCAGGCUCAUAUGGGUGGCGGUGAUUGGAGACUGGCUCAACUUGGUCCUGAAAUGGGUUCUGUUUGGAGAGAGGCCUUACUGGUGGGUUCACGAGACCCGCUUUUAUGGAGCAGCGCCGACCCCUGAUCUGCUGCAGUUUCCCAUCACAUGUGAGACAGGACCAGGAAGCCCUUCAGGUCAUGCUAUGGGUGCUGCUGGGGUCUGGUAUGUGAUGGUAACAGCGACACUCGCAAGUGCAACAGAGAAGCGAUGCCCCCCUUUACUAUACAAAUUCUUGCAGGGAGGUCUGUGGAGUCUAAUGGGCCUUAUUCUGGUGGUGGUCUCCAUGUCAAGGAUCUAUGUGGCUGCCCACUUCCCGCACCAGGUCAUUGCAGGUGUCAUUACAGGUGUUCUUGUAGCCGAAGUUGUCUCCAAUAAAAAAUGCAUCUACAACGCCAGCAUGAAGAGAUACUUCUGCACGACCCUCUUCUUGACCUCCUUCGCUGUCGGCUUCUACCUCAUACUCAAAGCUCUGGGCGUGGACCUUCUUUGGACCAUGGAAAAAGCCCAGAAGUGGUGCAUAAAGCCCGAAUGGGUCCACCUAGACUCCACGCCUUUCGCCAGCCUCCUGCGUAACAUGGGCACGCUGUUCGGCCUGGGUCUUGGCCUGCACUCGCCCCUCCACACAGAGGCAAAGAAGAAGAAAACAAGCCCCAGUUUCCAAAUGGGAUGCAUCACUGUUUCCUUAAUUCUGCUUCAGCUGUUGGAUGGAUGGACAUUUUCUUCAGAAAAUCUUGUGACUUUUUACUUCCUGUCUUUUGGUAAGAGUGCAGUGGCACUUUUAAUCCCAACCACAUUGGUUCCCUGGGCUCUCUGCUGGAUUUCCAAGGUAAAGAAAGAAGAGAAGAACUUGUGAUUCAGGUCCAAGUUGUGCUUUGAAGUCGAUUAGUAGUGUAAUUUUUCUUAUUAACUAGGAUUGUUUUUUUCAUGUAGAAUCAACAUAUUAACACAGUGGCCAAUUUCCUCUGCAUGACGUUCAGGGAGGGUAGUUUAUGCUGCCCAUGUUGUUUGCCUGCUGAAUUAUUGACUUUCAAAUCAUCAAUAUGGGAAAGCUGGCAAAUUCCUUUUUAUCCACUGCUUCCCAAAUGAAUCAAAACAUUGGAUGGAUAAAAUAAUGCAAUAUUUUAAGGCAAUAAUAUAACAGACAAGUUAUUUUAAACUGAUAGCUCAUCAACAACAGCUAAAGUUAGCUUUCAACCAAUUAGCUAAGAGUACUUUUUGCUAGCUA